CUUUUCAAAGUCUUUUAUCUAAUGGGUCAAGCAGGGUAUAUGUGUGCAGUACUACAUUUGCACUACAUUAUACUGUUAUAUAAGUCUUCUUCAGCUUCUUCUUUUACCAUGUAUCUUGUGUUUCCUUCCUCCAAUAUUUCUCAUGGAAUCUGUUUCUUGCAAAUGGCUCCUACUUUCAUUUGUUUGCCUUUCUUGCGCAAACUCUGCUUUGUGCGCCGUGGAUGGAGUGAAAGGUGGGAAAGUAAGAGGUGUGAGCUUGGGUAAUUGGUUGGUUAUUGAAGGAUGGAUGAAACCUGCACUAUUUAAUAACAUCACCAAUGGAGAUAUGCUUGAUGGAACUAAGGUUCGGUUCCAGUCUUCGAAGUCUAAGAAGUAUGUGAGUGCAAAGUAUGGAGGAGGUGCAGAAGUCUUUGUCGACAUAGACGAAGCCAAUGAUUGGGAAACCUUCGGAUUAUGGAGGGUUAAUGAAUCAGUUUAUCAGUUUCGUACUAUGGACGGACAGUUUCUAUCCUGUAAUGGACAAGGGGCCUUGGUCACCGCAACAUCAAUAUUACCGUCGUUGAAUGGAACAUUUACUAUUGAAAGAUCCAGUUUUGAUCGAGUUAUUAUUAAACACUCCAGCGGUAAAUAUUUGCAGGCGUCUGGAAAUGAACUCAAAGCGGACUUCGUUGGGACUUCAGGAUUUACUGAUGGUAAUGCAGCCAUAUUUGUGAUGACUAAACAUGGAGAUAUGCAAGGAGAGUACCAGCUCUCCAAUGGGCAUGGACGAGAAAAUGCAACAAAAGUGCUUACUGAUCAUAGGAAUAGCUACAUUACACGAGAGGACUUUGAGUAUCUUAGCAAACACGAUAUAAACACCGUGAGGAUUCCUGUUGGGUGGUGGAUUGCCAAAGAUCCCAAUCCACCAGCUCCUUAUGUUGGGGGGAGUUUGGCAGCUCUGGAUAAUGCUUUCAAAUGGGCAAAGGAGUUUGAGAUAAAAUGCAUAAUCAACCUUCACGCAGCUCCCGGUUCCCAAAAUGGAAGGGACCACAGUUCUAGUCGUGAUGAUAUUAUUGACUGGACGAAAUCAGAUAAUAUCCAGAAAACCCUUGAAGUUAUAGAAUUCCUAGCUACCAAGUACAUAUGUUUAUCUCUAGCUAUAACUUGUUAUUGCUCGGCUAUCUCAAGCUAUACCUACUCUUACAACAGUCAUAAUUACAUAUUGACAAUUGCUUAUAGCUCUCGGUUAUUUUCUUUCUGUCUGCUCCUAAUGAGCAUGCCAUCUUUGAUUUUCAGGUACGGAAACGAUACAUCUCUUUUGGGGAUUGAUCUUUUGAAUGAUCCCAAUGUUUCUUUUGAUGUGUUACAAAAGUACUACAAUGACGGAUAUAACAUUGUAAGGAAACAUUCAUCCAAAGCUUAUGUAAUAAUGUGUCAGUUGAGCUCUGAAGAACCAAUAAACCUUUAUCGUGCCAACACUGGUAAAUCCAACGCAGUAUUGGACAUGCACUACUAUAAUACCGAUAGUACCUUCGAAAAUAUGACCGUACAGGAGAAUAUCAAUUAA